AAUCAGUUAACUGUAUAUUUGGUUGCAUAACCACUCUUGGUAAAGACUUGAGUUAGGUUAAAAAAUAUUUUUACUGAAACAAAUCAAGUAAAACACUAUAACGGCCUUCGUCAGUUCGAAAUUAAUGACAGUGUUACAAAUUAACAAGAGAAAGUUUUUGGGUCUAAGUCUUUAUUUUACAAAUUUUGAGGUUAGGUGAGGUACAUGAUGUUUCCACGACUCAUAAGGGGGACCAAAGCUUUAUUAAAAGUGUCUCAACCAGUCAGAAACUUCGGUCUCGUCCCUAUUGUGAUUGAACAAACAGGUCGGGGGGAACGAUCUUACGACAUAUACUCCCGUUUGUUGAAAGAACGGAUUAUUUGUUUAAUGGGCCCCAUAAAUGACCCAAUGAGUUCACUCAUCGUAGCCCAGUUGUUGUUCCUCCAGUCAGAAUCAACGAACAAACCCAUACAUAUGUACAUUAAUUCACCUGGGGGAAGUGUCACUGCAGGAUUAGGGAUUUAUGACACUAUGCAGUACAUCCUACCACCGAUAGCAACAUGGUGUGUGGGACAAGCUGCAAGCAUGGCCUCACUGCUCCUAGCUGCGGGAAGCCCCGGGAUGAGGCACUCGCUGCCCCACGCCCGAAUCAUGAUCCACCAGCCGUCGGGGGGCGCGCAGGGCCAAGCCACCGAUAUUAAAAUCCAGGCUGAGGAGAUUCUUAAACUGAAGAGCCAAAUUAAUAAUUUGUACGUGAAGCACACGGGCCUUGCCUUGGAAAAAAUCGAGCGUAGUAUGGAACGUGACAUGUUUAUGAGCCCUGUUGAGGCCCAAAGUUUCGGGAUUAUCGAUAAAAUUUUAACAAGUCCGCCCAAAAAUAAGGCAGGGAGUGAGGAAGAAGUGAGCGCAAGUGGCGAAACGGAGAAAAAAUGAUUUGUUGUUGUAUUGUGCGAUCAAGAAAAUUUGCGAUCUAGUCAUCCAUGUCGGCUAAACAAAGUAUAGGGUGGUAAGUGAAUGAGUAGUCCAUUAAGUUGCCGUUUGAUUUACGUCAAACGUUCAUGGAUCACUAGAUGUCAAGUGUGCUUGGUCGCUUAUGUUUGAAUAAAAGACGUUUGGUUGCAAAA